CCCCUUUGGUUAUCCGUCGCGUUGUGCACUCUGGCGGCCGUCUUACGAACAUACCGUCCGAAUUCGACCUUCCGAGAAAAUGGCUGCUCUUUGCUGCAGAGUUUUGGCGCAGACUUCUCGCCGAAAUGUGAUUUAUUCCAGCGCCAGAUACGCCAACAAAAUGUUGGCGGACCCCCUGGAACACGCCACCGGAAUCGAAAAGAGAGAGCUUCUGGCCCAGGCCGCUGGCAAUGAUAAUCCCUUUGAUAUGAAAAUCUUCAAGCGUGGGCCUGGCACCAAGGAUAGUCCAAACCUGGUCCCCUCGUGCUUUGAGUCGAGGAUCGUGGGCUGUGUCUGCGAAGAGGACGCGACCUCUGUUAACUGGAUGUGGCUGCACCAGGGCACCCCUAGGCGAUGCGAGUGCGGCUACUGGUUCAAGCUGACCAAGAGGGCGCCCGUCUAAGCACAGCAUUCGGCCCGUCGUGUAUAGUUCCCAGCCAUUUCCUUUGUUAUUUACUUACAGAUUUAAUGUGGCGGCCGAGCGGUCUGAGUGCGCCCCUCCUUCAUCAAGCGCCUCUGACUGGCCGUGCAUGUUAUUUUCACGUGAAAAUGCCGUAAAGGAUGCAUUGUAAUUAUUAAAAUAAAAAUGAAAUCAAUUUAAAGUGGUAGAAGUUAAAAA